GGAUGGCAGGGGUGCUGAAGGACACAUGUGGACAGAGCCUAUCAUCUUGCGCACGGCGUUAUCUACCUGACGGACGUGACCUCAACAGCUCAAAUAAAUGUUUUGGUCUAUCAAGAAUACACUAAUCAGAAACCGUACUUCUUUAGAUAUUAAUCAUGCGAGUAAUUAGGUAAUCCCAAGCAUAAGCACCAUUAACAUAUUGUUGAGCUCCUAUAAUGUAGUAUAACAGAAGAAGAAGUUUAGACAUUUUAAAACAGACCUACAUUUUUACGACAAUACGUAACAAAACAUUUGUAAUUGGCUACCGCUAAUCGUUCACCUUUUCCCAUAUUGCAGUUCAUUAUCUAUACCAAAGUGGGGCACUGAUACCCAAUGUUGUAUUCAUGUUCUAUUUCGCAAGCGCCAAACGACUGUCCCUCUCGACUCGCCAUAGGUUGACAUUGCCUCCUCAAACAUGGCUGCACAUACAUUGAAGAAAUCAAUUUGGUCCUUAGGACGAAUACAUUGUCAUAUUUAUAGAGUUAAUGUGCGUAACCCGUUAAACAGGGCAACAUAUGCAACGGCCUUGUCUACCAAUCAUUCUAGUCAAAAUAAAGGCUUUCCUGACAGAGGGAACAGAGGACCUUUCAACCGAAGAUCAAGGAGAGAGGCGGGCGACCCCAGGACAGACAGGAUGCCUGUAGACCAGGACUGGACUACAGUGUACCCGACCGCUACCCCCUUCAGACAGGGCUCUGUGCCCCUGCCUGUCCGCAUGGGCUUCCCAGUGAAGAAAGGGGUGCCCCCAGAGAAGAAGGGCAACCUGGAGCUCAUCAAGAUUCCAAACUUUUUGCAUUUAACCCCAUUAGCCAUAAAGAAACACUGUGAAGCUCUGAAACCGUUCUGCACAGAGUGGCCCUCUGCCCUGGACACAGGUGCUAAAUGUGAUGAGCACUUCCCUGUCAAAGUAGAGAGCAAGGACUACGUGUCUGCCGGCACCUCCCUCAGAAACCCAUCUGCCCGCAUAGUCCACCUUCGACUGAAGCUCUCCUGUCUGAACUUGGACGACCAUGCCAGGAAGAAGAUGGUUAAACUGGUAGGAGAGCGGUACUGCAAGGACACAGACAUACUCGCCAUCACCACUGACAGCUGCCCUGUGAGAAAGCAGAAUUAUGACUAUGCCAUGUACCUCCUGACUGUCCUCUAUCACGAGUCUUGGAAAAUGGAGGCCUGGGAGUCGGAGAAGACUGUGGCAGACAUGGAGGAGUACAGCUGGGAGGACAGCCCCUCUCAGAAGAACAUCAUGUCCACGUUGGUCCGCAUGCAGGUAGCAGGGGAGGGGGAGGGAGAGGCGGUGAGGGAGGAGCUGCUGGGGAGGCCGGAGGUGCAGGAGUACAGGGACUCUGUGACCAGACUGAAGAACGAGGGAGAGAGCGAGAGCAGCAUGCACCAGUACAGAGACGCUGUGAAGAAACUGCUUAACCUUUAAUAUGCCCUCUUCUAUACAUGCAGAUACACACAAACACACAGGAGAGUGAGCAAGAGCAGAACUCGUCUGCAACACACUUGGGGUGAUCAGUUCAAAGUCUAGAGACAAACCUAUCAUCUGAUAUCACCACACACAGCAUUUGAUGCCUGUAACGGUCUUUUGUGAAAUAUUUAUUGACAAUAAAUGAAAGGGCCUAUGUUUAUAUGUCUGUAAUACAAUUGUCGUAUAUGAGUUAUGCUAAACUGAUAGCCUGAAGCAAAAAUGUAUUCCUUGCAUUUUAAAUAAAAAGCUUUAAUUUCCUCAA